AUGCAAGUACUAAAAGAGCGAGACGCGUUCCUCUCAAACUACGAAGUAGCGAAACACCUAGCAUCGCUCAAACAGAAAUACAACUGGACAUUCACAGAAGCAGACCACGCUGAAGAAGAAUCAAAACGCACCUCAAAACAUCACCACAACCAAAGAUUCACGGAAUGCGGAGUCGAGUUAGAGAGCGUCACGAGGGAUAUCCUCCAGUUUGCAGCGCACAACAGCGACAUCGCCGAAAUGGACGACGCUAAAUUUGUUGAGUUGAUGCGGUAUUUGAACCAGUUUGCGUUUGUCAAGGUUGAAAAGUUGCAGAUUGUGAAUAAUUUGCCUCGUGAUGUGGUCGUUUUGUGUGCGUUGGUUGAGGAGUGCAUGGAGCGGUUUGGCGAGGAUGUGUGUGAGGAGAUUGUGGGGCGGAUACGGGAGAUGUUUCCUCGGGAAGAGGAAGAAGAGGAGGAAGAGGAAGAGGCGGAGGAAGAGGAAGAGGCGGAGGAAGAUGGAGAUGGAAAUGGAGAGGAGCAGGGAGAAGGAGGAGAUGAGAAUAUGGAGGAAUAG